AAGAGGAAGAAAAAUGCUAGUGCAAAGCUUUAUAGAGAGGCUUAGGCCCCUUGUGGGGAGCAAGGGCUGGGAUUACAUCGUGUUAUGGAAGCUUAGCGAUGAUAACAGGUCGAUUGAGUUGAAGGAUUGCUGUUGCGCUGGACGGGAUAACAACGCGCACGAGCUUGGUUUCGAUGUUUCUUCUAGCCCUCCUUGUAGAGAUGUGAUGUAUCCUCAUCCAAGGGUCAAGUCCUGUGAUUUACUAGACCUCAUUCCUUCAUCCAUGGUCCUCGAUUCUGGAGUGCAUGCACAAACCUUGUGUUCAAACCAACCUAGUUGGCUCAAUUACUCACACAGCACAGAUUCAAGCCUCUCAUCACAAGAAGCAAUUGGAACUCGAGUUUUGAUCCCGUUGUCUGUGGGACUAGUGGAGCUGUUCGUGGCUGAAGAGGUGGCUGAAGACAAAGGGGUGAUGGAUCUGAUCCGGGUGCAGUGCAGCAUCGCGUUGGAGCAGCAGACAAUGAGCAACUCGGGGACAACGAAUUCCUUCUCCUCAGCCCUCUUCCAGCAGCAGAUGUCAUCACCUGACUUGCCUAAUGACAUCUCUGUUGACAGGAUCCAGCUCUCUGACAGCAUGUUCCUCGAAGGGGACCAUUGCAUCUUCACCCCAUCGAUGGAGAACGCAUUCCAGGAGGCGAGCAGGGGGACCAAGUGGGUGGAGGAGGACAACAGAUCUGAUGAUUCGGACGAGGAUGAUCCCAAGUACAGGAGGAGGAGUGGGAAGGGGCCCCAGUCGAAGAAUCUGGAGGCCGAGAGGAAGAGGAGGAAGAAGCUAAAUGACAGGCUUUACGCCCUACGUGCACUGGUGCCUAACAUCUCCAAGUUGGACAGAGCCUCGAUCCUAGGGGAUGCGAUUGAGUAUGUGAAGGAGCUGCAGAAGCAGGCGGACGACUUGAAGCUGAAGCUGGAGCUGGAGCAGCAGUCAGACGAUGAUCAUGAUGAGAGUGCAAAGAAGACAGCGGAGGAAGGCUCGUUUCCACAGAUUCAGAAACGCGGCCCUAAGCGUGAGCAGGAGAGCCUCUCCACUGGCUAUCAUACAAACAAGAGUGAUCAGCAGAUGGAGCCUCAAGUGGAGGUGUACCAAGUAGAUGGGAAGGAGUUCUUUGUCAAGGUUUUUUGUGAACAUAAAUGUGGUGGUUUUGUGAGAUUGAUAGAGGCCUUGUAUGCAAUGGGACUCGAAGUAGACAAUGUCAACACAACGAGGCACACUUGCUUGGCUUCCACCAUCUUUAAAGUUGAGAGGAAGAAUGAGGAGACUGUGGAAGCUGACGAUGUGAAGGAGUCGUUGCUGGAGCUUACUAGGAAUCCAUGGCCGAAUAACGGUGCAGAUGUGGAAUCGGAAACCGGGAACGACAUGGAUGCUAUGAAUCACUACUGCCACAUGAAUUCUCGACAUCAUCUACAUUGAUUUACUCUCUCUUUUAUUCUCUCCCAAAGCUAGUAAAAACACACACACACAGUCAUAGAAUAAUGAGACUAUUCCUUACUUUAUGCAUGGAAAGUGUUGAUGGAUUUGUUGUUUGCCACAUGCCUUAUUUACUAAUAUGAAAUCACCUUCAAUCGAUUA